AUGUCACCUCAAAACAAAUUGACAGAUCACAAAAUCCUGAUCUUCGAUGUCUAUGGAACAUUGGCGGACUGGGAGUCAGGAAUUCAUAACGCUCUCAAGCCUCUACUGGAACGAUAUCCCGCCUCUAAAACAUGGUCACGCCAGGAAGCUCUCACAGCAUUUGGCUCAGUCGAGUCUGAUCUGCAAGUGCAGUAUCCCGAGAUGAUCUACAGCGAGCUCCUGGCAAAAGUGCACGAACGCUUGGAAGAUAGGCUGAAAGCUCAAUCUGGCGUUGCGUCCAGCGAAAACCCUUUCCUAGCUCCAGGUGAGGCAGAGGUCACCUCCGGCGCGGGAGCAGGGUCAAGUGGAUCUGCAGGUGCAGAAACACAGGCUGCCGCAGCCUCGCCCGGCAGUGACGAUGAGCACAAAGCUUUUGGUGCAUCAAUCCAGAACUGGACCAUAUUCCCCGACACCUGCGCCGCGCUCCAACGGCUCGCGAAACACUUCAAGCUCGUUGUACUUUCCAACGUUGACCGUGACUCCUUCCGCCACACGCAUGCGCUGCUCUCCGAGGGUCCCACUCGCGACACCAUCACCUCUGACAUCAGGACAUACACGUACCCCGAUCCCAAUCCCGACCGGUUCUGGCACCCUCAAGAGGCCAAAGGUUCAAAAUCGCCUUUCACGUUGAUUGUCACGGCGCAGGAUGUCGGGUGCUAUAAGCCCGCGUUGGGAGGAUUCCGCGCGAUAUUGGAGUACGCCAAAGCACAUCCGGAGCUGUUUGGUGACCUUGAGCUGGCAGAGGGCGAAGAUGUUAAGGAAAAGGCAUUGUCCGUCGCGCAGAGCAUACCCCACGACCACGUCGCAGCGAAGAACAUCGGGAUGCGCAGCGUAUGGAUUGACAGGCAGAGCGCGGUGACGUGUAAUGUUGAUCCAGACGGGCCCGGCGCAAAAGAGAAAUGGAGCUGGAAGUUUGAAACAUUGGGAGAGAUGGCAGACGCUGUCGAAAAGGAAUUGGCUGCAAGUACAUAG